AUACAAGUACCCUAUUCCCCAGACAGUCAUUAGGAAACAGCGCCCCCCAGAGGUGAUGCUGGUUUGCUGUGGUUUGACUGGAGGCUGUGGACGAUGGGCCCCAAGUCUCUUUAUAGAGGAGCUGAGCCUGAUGCUGAACCGCCUUUAAACCUAAUUACAUUUUCCAUAUAACUUUAAUGAUUCGUCUACACUGACCUUCUUCCCCUUUAUAAUUUUCCUUUUGUCAACACAUUUCUUCAUUUUCUGUCAAACUGGAGACCUGCUCACGCUGCACCCUGCACGUUCUCCGCCUCCUCUACCCCACGCAUCCAUCUUCAUGCAAAAGGACAGAGCCUCCAGUCCUCACACACACACGCUGAGAGGGAACGAGCACCGCUCAGAACCGGGCCGAGCCCCUGUCGGAAGCGAGACGAGUGAUGACAGUCAUCGCACACCUGGACAGAGACGGAGUAAAGCUGCUGGAGGCACAGCAGGAGGUCCCAGCGUGAGCGGCUUGUGUGAGGAAGCUAGUGAGUCACACUCUGAUGGAAUCAGGGAACCGUGUAUCUGCAGAACAUGGAACUUUGAGCCUUCAGAGCGUGAGGUGUGUGAAGUCAGCUCCCUCUAGAGGCUGAAAAGAGACAUCAGGCAUCAGCACUGUUUGCCAUUAGGAUUAAGUUUAUCUUUAUUCAUAGACUUUACAUGAAUGUCCUCAUGUGCUGUACAAAUGAGAACCUUCACAAACAUCUGUUCAAAUCAUGAUCUCAUUUUAUUUGUCUUUUUCUUUUCAAUUAUCCUUUUCAAACCCCCAAACUGCUACAAUUUAAAUCUAUGACAUCUAAUUAUGGAAGUGGUGUACAGUAAAUGGACCUCAGUCCAACGGCAGCUUGUGAACCACGCUCUCAGACAGGGUCUUGGUCUGACAGCGUGGGCCGUCACCUGUCAGCGUCCUGCAGCUGCACAUGUGUCAACAGGAGGGUGUGUUUAAAGCCGGCCGCUGCAUACGUGGCUGCGUGUGCUUCUGUCGGAACCAAACUGAGCCCGUCGGAGCAGGAGGAACCAUGGGCGUCGUGACCCGCUUGCUGCUGGCGCUGUGUGCGGUGCCGCUGGCGCUGAGCUACCCGUUCUACCCGCCCACCUGCUACACCAAGGUUCUGGUCAUGGCCCGGGACCUGACCCAGUGGGCCGCAGAGCUGAAGAGUGGCCCGGAGACGAGCUACUGCAUGGCCCACAUGCCGAACCUCCACCUGGACGUCCACAAUGCGUGUGUGAUGUUCAAAAUAAGGGACUACAUCUCGCUGGUGGAGGGGCUGCGACUGCGGCGCUGCGCGUACACCAGAGACGUGUGGAAGCUGGGCGGAACGCUGAGGCAGCUCUUCAUCAUCAUGUCACAGCGGUGCCACGGGGACCUGGUGUUUACGCUCGAUGACUGUUCUGCACUGGAACGCUGAGGACCAGGACGCGGCGGCGCAGAACACGUGCUGUGCAGAUGAUGACAGCUUUAAUAGAACCCAGCUUUUCUCAUCAUAUGCAAUGUUUCUAUUCCCUUCACAUGAUGACGGUGGAACAAACACAACAGUGACUUUAUACUUUGGAAAAGCAGAAAUGUAAAUGACAGUAUGUAAAAUACAAACAUAGAUUUGUGGUUUGUGCUAAAUUCAAUUAAAACAGUGAUGACCCCCAGUGAUGAGCUUGUUCCAUGGAAGUGGUGCAUUGUUAGAACAUUUCCAGGUAUUUCUGAAUCAGUGGCACAAAUGGAUCAGCAUUAUAUAAGAGGAAGAGAGAGAUUAGUUUGUUGAUACAAAUGACACGCACACAUUCUGUUCAUAGUGUGAGGAGAAACGUCUCGUUUUUGCUCUAAUGAUCCUUCGCAGAUUUACAGGCGUUGUUGUCACAUCUCUCCUCCAAAGUUUUGGAUAAAGGAAUAAAAAGUACACAAACCAAAUGCAUGAAGCCGGUUUAAAAGGCUCCUAUGUUAAACUAACAGUCUUGAACAGGAAGCCUGCAUCACCAAACCGCCUCCAAUCUUCAUGUCUGUAAAUGCUGACGCUGCAGUUAAUUGUGUUUCUGAUCUUUAUUAUUUAUGCAAAUGGGACUGAAUGAAGGUCACUAGUUUUCAGUCCUUACAUUUUUAAUACUUUCUGGAGGGAAACGUUACCUGACGUCCACUGUGUAAUAUUAGAAUUACUUCUUUAUUAAAUGCCACCAUUAAUCAGUAUUAAUGAGACGAGUUUAAUUAUGAUUAACACGAGUGGUUUGUAUG